GCAAAGGCCAUCUCCGAGAAGGACUCCAGCAAGAUCCAUCAGCUCCUCUGGAUGUUGAAUGAGCUUGCAUCCCCCUAUGGAGAUUGUGACCAAAAGUUGGCAUCCUAUUUCCUGCAAGCUCUCUUCUGCAAAGCAACCGAAUCAGGAGAGCGCUGCUACAAGACUUUAGUAUCAGUUGCAGAGAAAAGCCACUCCUUCGAGUCUGCGAGGAAGGUGAUCCUCAAGUUUCAGGAGGUAAGUCCUUGGACCACCUUCGGUCAUGUAGCAUCCAAUGGUGCCAUUUUGGAAGCCUUGGAAGGAGAAGCUAAGCUUCAUAUUAUCGACAUCAGCAACACCUACUGCACUCAGUGGCCAACCUUGCUGGAAGCCUUGGCAACCCGAAGCGACGAGACGCCGCACCUGAGGCUCACAGUGGUGGUGACAGUGAGCAUGGGGGGAUCGGUCAUGAAGGAGAUUGGUCAGAGAAUGGAGAAGUUUGCCAGGUUGAUGGGUGUGCCAUUUGAGUUGCAGGUGGUGAGGGUGGCAUCGCAGUUAGGGGAGCUCAAGGAGGAAGACUUGGGGCUGCGAGAAGAUGAAGCGGUCGCCGUGAACUGCAUCGGAGCUUUGCGACGGGUCGGCGUGGAAGAGAGGGGUGACUUCAUACGCAUGCUUUGCAACCUCCGGCCGAGGGUGGUCACUGUGGUGGAGGAGGAGGCUGACUUCACAAGCACCAGGAGUGAGUAUGUCAAGUGCUUUGAGGAGUGCUUGAGGUUUUACACUGUUUUCUUUGAGAUGCUAGAGGAAAGCUUUGCUCCCACAAGCAACGAGAGGCUGAUGUUGGAGAGGGAGUGCUCAAGGAGUAUUCUUAGUGUGCUUGCUUGUGAUGAAGAUGGUGGUGGAGAAUGUGACAGGAGGGAGAAGGGGAGCCAAUGGUGUGCAAGGCUAAUGGAAGCCUUCUCACCCAUGAGCUUUAGUGAUGAUGCCAUUGAUGAUGUUAGGGCAUUGUUGAAGAGGUAUAGAUCAGGGUGGUCACUCUUGCCUGCACAAGGUGAUGACUCAGGCCUCUACUUGACAUGGAAGGAUGAACCAGUGGUGUGGGCAUCAGCUUGGAAACCCUAGAAUGAGGUUCACAUCUCAUUUCAGAAACCAAUCAAAUCUCAAAACCAAACCAUGGUUAUCAAGUUUUUCAUUUUUUUUUCUUUUCUUUUUUUGUUUCCUCUCCAACGCCCUCAUUGUUUAUAUCCUUCUUUUGCUCUUGAGUGUGGGAUAUGCUUUGGCUACAUUGAUGGUUUCUCUUGUAGCUUUUGGGA